CUGUUGUAAACGCAGUCGAACAUUGUCACAGUCUGCGAACCGAAACAAACGAACCCUUCGCCCAAAAUCACCGGUAGGGUUAGGGUUAGGGUUUUUUCUUUCCCUCUUUCCAUCUGAUUAGGUUAUCUUACGCUUCUGUCGUAGCUUCUGAAUUUUCACAGCCAUGGCCACUCUGAAAGAGCUUCUUCCGCCUGCAAAAUCCUCCUCCACCACCUACUACGACCACACCAACGACCCAUGGUUCAAGCAGCGCUUCUCCUCAUCGGAGGAGGAAAAAUCCGCCGCCGUCGCCGCCAAACAGAAGCCAACGCCGCCCUACCUCAAGCGCGCCGGUUUCGUCCCCCGGAGAAUCGAAGACUUCGGCGACGGCGGCGCGUUUCCCGAGAUCCACGUGGCGCAGUACCCUCUCGACAUGGGAAGAAACAAGGCCUCGAAACCUGGAUCCAAAAUCCUUCCCGUCACCGUCGACGCUCACGGCAACGUCGCCUACGACGCCAUCGUGAGGCAGAACGAGAACGCGCGCAAAAUCGUGUACACGCAGCAGAAGGAUCUUAUUCCUAAGAUCCUCAAAAACGACGAAGAAGACGACGCCGUUUCCGAUGACGAGGCACAGAAACAGAUCGAGGAAACGAUGCAGGAGACCAAAGCCGCGCUGGAGAAGAUCGUGAAUGUGAGACUCAGCGCCGCGCAACCGAAGAACGUUCCGAAGCAGAACUCCGACGCCAAGUAUAUCAAAUACAAACCCUCGCAGCAAUCCGCGGCGUUCAAUUCCGGCGCGAAGGAGAGGGUUAUUAGGAUGGUGGAGAUGCCGGUGGAUCCUUUGGAGCCUCCGAAGUUCAAGCAUAAGCGUGUUCCGAAGGCCUCGGGGUCGCCGCCGGUGCCGGUGAUGCACUCUCCGCCGCGGCCGGUGACGGUGAAGGACCAGCAAGAUUGGAAGAUUCCUCCGUGUAUUUCGAAUUGGAAGAAUCCGAAGGGUUACACUAUUCCUCUUGAUAAGAGGCUUGCUGCUGAUGGGAGAGGCCUUCAGGAUGUUCAGAUUAACGACAACUUCGCGAAAUUGUCGGAGUCUUUGUAUGUGGCGGAGCAGAAGGCGAGGGAGGCGGUGGCAAUGAGGUCUAAGGUUCAGAAGGAGAUGAUGUUGAAGGAGAAGGAGAGGAAGGAGCAGGAAUUGAGAGCCUUGGCACAGAAGGCGCGGUCGGAGAGGAUUGGAGGGGAGAGAAUUGGGGUCGCUGCGGCAGCCCCUCCGGCGGGUGUGCCGGUGGACGACGGUGAUAUGCACAUUGAUUAUGAUCAUGAGCAUGAGAAUCCUCGGGAGAGGGAGAGGGAGAGGGGUUUUGUGAAGGAGAGUAGGGAGGAGAGAGAUGAGAGGCUUCAGCGUGAGAAAAUUCGCGAGGAGAGGAGGAAGGAGAGGGAGAGGGAGAGGAGGUUGGAGGCCAAGGAUGCUGCCAUGGGGAAGAGGAGCAAGAUUACGCGAGAUAGGGAUCGUGAUAUUAGUGAGAAGGUUGCUCUUGGUAUGGCUUCCACCAAGACAGGGACUGAGGUUAUGUAUGAUGAGAGGCUGUUUAGCCAGGACAAGGGAAUGGCCUCUGGCUUUGCCACUGAUGAUCAGUACAAUGUGUAUGAGAAUGGGUUGUUUACUGCACAGCCGACGCUCUCGACGCUGUAUAGGCCAAAGAAGGAUCUUGAUAAUGAUACUUAUGGAGGUGCGGGUGCGGAUGAGCAGCUGGAGAAAAUAAUGAAGACUGAUCGGUUUAAGCCUGAUAAAGGAUUUUCCGGGGCUUCUGAGAGGGCUGGUCCGAGGGAUAGGCCGGUUGAGUUUGAGAAUGAAGAGGCUGAUCCAUUUGGUUUGGAUCAGUUUUUGACAGAGGUGAAGAAGGGUAAGAAGGCCAUGGAAAAGGUGGGUGGUGGAGGAACUAUGAGGGCAAGUGCUGGAUCUUCAAUGCGGGAUGGCUAUGAGGGAGGUUCUGGUAGGACUCGCAUUGGAUUUGAAAGAGGGCACUAGGUAGCACAAUGUUUGAUGAUGCCUGACUUGUUUAUUAUGCUUAUUGCUGUUUAGUAUCCGUACUGGUGGCUUAGGUUGGUAUGUCUGAAAAUGGAUGCUCAUGACAAUGUGCUUGUGUUAGCAUUUGAGUUUUUAUUGAAGUCCCCUUCCCAUCUCUCAGAUUAGGUGGUGAAAUAAACUGUUUUUGUAUAAUGUUUUUUUGGUUGUUGUUAAACUGCUUAUAGUUGUUAUGACAAUCUAUGUUUUCAGUAACUUAUACUGAAGGAAAUGUACUGUUGAAAGUAGAUUCUUGUUUAUGGAGGUAUUUGCUCUGGUUUUUUUGGAA